AUGGGAUCUGGAAAUCAUAGCAAGAAGAAGAAAAUAGCAGGAAAGAAGGAUGAUAAGACCCCAACACAGUUGAGAAACGCCAGAAAACGUCGAAAGACAAAAUUGACAAAGCAAUCAUCAGCUCAUCGUCUUGUUUCUUCGUCAUCCUCUACUUCCGGCGGUGACGAUGAUCCUUCCCUUCGGUACUUGUCCAAUCCUACGGCAGCACCCAUCAUUCAACAGGCGACAUCUUUCUUCCAAGAGCAAGGUCACGCAUUUGAAGUCAAGGUAGGGCCUACAUCAGGCUGGAGAACAGUGUCCAAAUUGGCAGUGCGGUCCCAAUCCGGUGUCCUGUGCCUUGGACUGUUCGCCCCUGGCAGUCAUCAGCUAUUGGAAAUACCAAAUUGUCAAGCGCAUCAUCCUCGGAUAAACUCUGCCAUUCAAGUGCUUCAGAAGCAAUGUCGAAAGUGUGACAUCAAGCCAUAUGAUGAGCAAACUGGAACCGGCAGUCUCAAGUAUGUGGCCAUUAAUAUCGAACGAUCGACUGGGAAUCAACAAGUAUCGUUGGUUUGGAACAAGAAUGCCAACGGCAACAGCAACGAUGAAAAAGAAAAAGAAAAAGAAGAUUCCAAACUGCAAAAGCUUUGCGAGGCACUCAUCAAGGUAUCCAAGAACAAUGAUGAUAGACUAGUAUUGCAUUCCUUAUGGGUUCACUACAGCAAUCUGAACAAAUAUGCGAACAGUAUCUUUGAUCGAGACGGACAAUGGGAGCUAAAGUAUGGCGACAACAUGGUGGUCGAAUAUCUUGAUAUAAACGGCGCACCCAAAGCUCCCUUGCACUUUCCUCCUCAAGUCUUUCGGCAGGCCAACAUUGAUGCCUUUCGUAAGAUUGUCGAAGAAAUUCGGAACUACCUCGAAAGAAAAAAAAAUAAGAGCAAACCUAAAAGGUGUGUGGAGCUAUAUGGUGGAGUUGGUACCAUUGGUCUACACAUUGCGGAUUUAUGCGAAACCUUUGUAUCUUCCGAUGAGAACCCCUUUAACAAAACGUGCUUUGAGCAAACCGUGGCAGCAAUGAUGGACUUGUUACCGGGUGGUACCACCACCACCACCAUGAUGAUGAAAGAAAUUCCAUACGAAUCCAAGAAUGCAGUCGACAUGACCUACACCCAGGCUUUUCGUGAAUCGAAUACCAUUAUUGUGGAUCCACCACGAAAGGGUCUUGACACGGAGGUAGCAGACGCGCUGUGUACACAAGACAAACUAAAGACCCUGAUCUACGUCAGUUGUGGUUUUGCAGCCUUUACGAGAGAUUAUGACACUCUGACGACCAAGGGAAAGUGGAAACUGGAGCAUGCGGAAGGUCAUGUGCUUUUUCCCGGCAGUGAUGCUAUUGAAACAUUAGCAUUCUUUUCUCGAUGA